CUUCCGAGACGGUGGCCGCUGACGUGGAGGUGGACGCGGGGCAGCGGAAGGUGGUAGCGGAGCCGGGGGAACCAGGCCGGCGCGAUGCUCACCAAGUUCGAGACCAAGAGCGCGCGGGUGAAAGGGCUCAGCUUCCACCCCAAACGCCCCUGGAUCCUCACCAGCCUGCACAAUGGCGUCAUCCAAUUGUGGGACUACAGGAUGUGCACUCUCAUUGACAAGUUUGAUGAGCAUGAUGGUCCUGUGCGUGGCAUUGACUUCCACAAGCAGCAGCCACUCUUUGUCUCUGGAGGUGAUGACUACAAGAUCAAGGUGUGGAACUACAAGCUUCGGCGCUGCCUUUUCACACUGCUCGGGCAUCUGGAUUAUAUCCGUACCACAUUCUUCCACCAUGAGUAUCCCUGGAUCCUGAGCGCCUCUGAUGACCAGACCAUUCGCGUGUGGAACUGGCAGUCCAGGACCUGCGUCUGCGUGCUCACAGGGCACAACCAUUAUGUGAUGUGUGCGCAGUUCCACCCUUCUGAGGACCUGGUAGUAUCGGCCAGCCUGGAUCAGACUGUGCGUGUCUGGGACAUCUCUGGUCUUCGGAAGAAGAACCUGUCACCGGGGGCUGUGGAAUCAGAUGUCCGGGGCAUAACUGGAGUGGAUCUGUUUGGCACCACUGAUGCUGUGGUCAAGCAUGUGCUGGAGGGCCAUGAUCGGGGCGUGAACUGGGCUGCUUUCCACCCCACCAUGCCUCUGAUUGUGUCUGGGGCCGAUGACCGCCAGGUGAAGAUCUGGCGCAUGAAUGAGUCCAAGGCCUGGGAGGUAGACACUUGCCGUGGCCACUACAACAAUGUGUCCUGCGCUGUCUUCCACCCUCGCCAGGAGCUCAUCCUCAGCAACUCUGAGGACAAGAGCAUCCGGGUCUGGGACAUGUCCAAGAGGACUGGAGUUCAGACCUUCCGCAGGGACCACGACCGCUUCUGGGUUCUCGCCGCGCACCCCAACCUCAACCUCUUUGCAGCAGGCCAUGACGGUGGCAUGAUUGUGUUCAAGCUGGAGCGGGAGCGCCCAGCCUACGCUGUGCAUGGCAACGUACUGCACUAUGUCAAGGACCGCUUCCUGCGGCAGCUGGACUUCAGCAGCUCCAAGGAUGUGGCAGUAAUGCAGCUGCGCAGUGGAUCCAAGUUCCCUGUGUUCAAUAUGUCCUACAACCCUGCAGAGAACGCAGUGCUGCUGUGCACAAGAGCCAGCAACUUGGAGAAUAGCACCUAUGACCUGUACACUAUCCCCAAGGACGCGGACUCGCAGAACCCAGAUGCACCUGAAGGGAAGCGCUCCUCAGGCCUGACAGCCGUGUGGGUCGCCCGCAACCGCUUUGCUGUCCUGGACCGCAUGCACUCGCUCCUUAUCAAGAACCUGAAGAACGAGAUCACUAAGAAAGUGCAGGUGCCCAACUGCGAUGAGAUCUUCUACGCGGGCACCGGCAGCCUGCUGCUGCGGGAUGCAGAGUCUGUCACCCUGUUCGAUGUGCAGCAGAAGCGCACCCUGGCUUCUGUGAAGAUUUCCAAGGUGAAGUACGUGAUCUGGUCAGCAGAUAUGUCACAUGUGGCUCUCCUGGCCAAACAUGAGCACUCAUGCCCUCUGCCUCUUACAGCUAUUGUGAUCUGUAACCGCAAACUGGAGGCUCUGUGUAACAUUCACGAGAACAUCCGCGUCAAGAGUGGGGCAUGGGACGAGAGUGGGGUAUUUAUCUAUACCACCAGCAACCACAUCAAGUAUGCUGUCACCACGGGGGAUUAUGGGAUCAUCCGGACCCUGGACCUGCCCAUCUAUGUCACGAGGGUGAAGGGCAACAACGUCUACUGCCUGGACCGGGAGUGCCGCCCACGGGUGCUCACCAUUGACCCCACUGAGUUCAAGUUCAAGUUGGCCCUGAUCAAUAGGAAGUAUGAUGAGGUGCUGCACAUGGUGCGGAAUGCCAAGCUGGUAGGCCAGUCCAUCAUUGCCUACCUGCAGAAGAAGGGCUACCCUGAGGUGGCUCUGCACUUUGUCAAGGAUGAGAAAACACGCUUUAGCCUGGCCCUGGAGUGCGGGAACAUAGAGAUUGCCCUGGAAGCAGCCAAAGCCCUGGAUGACAAGAGCUGCUGGGAGAAGCUAGGGGAGGUGUCACUGCUACAGGGCAACCAUCAGAUUGUGGAGAUGUGCUACCAGCGCACCAAGAACUUCGACAAGCUCUCCUUCCUCUACCUCAUCACAGGCAACCUGGAGAAGCUGCGCAAGAUGAUGAAAAUUGCCGAGAUCCGCAAGGAUAUGAGUGGCCACUACCAGAAUGCCCUGUACCUGGGUGAUGUGUCAGAGCGUGUGCGCAUCCUCCGGAACUGUGGACAGAAGUCCCUGGCCUACCUCACUGCUGCCACUCAUGGCCUGGAUGAGGAGGCCGAGAGCCUGAAAGAGACCUUCGACCCCGAGAAGGAGACUGUCCCUGAUAUUGACCCUGAUGCUCGGCUGCUACAGCCGCCAGCCCCCAUCAUGCCACUUGAUACCAACUGGCCACUGCUGACCGUGUCCAAGGGGCUCUUUGAAAGCUCCAUUGCCAGCAAAGGGAAAGGUGGUGUGCUGGCUGCGGACAUUGACAUAGAUACUGUGGUCACUGAGGGCUGGGGCGAGGAUGCUGAGCUGCAAUUGGAUGAAGAUGGAUUUGUGGAGGCUGGUGAGGGUUUUGGGGACGACACCUUGGGGAAGGGACAGGAAGAAGGAGGCGGCUGGGACGUGGAAGAGGACCUGGAGCUGCCCCCUGAGCUGGACCUACCCCUUUCUGCAGCUGGAGGUGCUGAGGAUGGGUUCUUCGUGCCCCCCACCAAAGGGACUAGUCCCACACAGAUCUGGUGUAAUAAUUCUCAGCUCCCAGUUGACCACAUCCUGGCAGGCUCCUUUGAGACAGCCAUGCGGCUGCUCCACGACCAGGUAGGGGUGACCCAGUUCAGGCCGUACAAGCAGCUGUUCCUGCAGACCUUCGCCCGCGGCCGCACCACCUUCCAGGCUCUGCCCUGCUUGCCCUCCAUGUACAGUUACCCACAGCGCAACUGGAAAGAUGCAGGGCUAAAGGGCGGCAUCCCUGCUGUGGGCCUGAAGCUCAAUGACCUCAUCCAGCGCUUGCAGCUCUGCUACCAGUUCACCACUGUUGGCAAGUUCGAGGAGGCUGUGGAAAAGUUCCGCUCCAUCUUGCUCAGCGUUCCACUGCUGGUGGUGGACAACAAGCAGGAGAUUGCUGAGGCUCAACAGCUCAUCACCAUCUGCCGCGAGUACAUCGUGGGCCUGUCCAUGGAGAUCGAACGAAAGAAGCUGCCCAAGGACUCAAUUGAGCAGCAGAAACGCAUUUGUGAGAUGGCUGCCUACUUCACACACUCCAACCUGCAGCCUGUGCACAUGGUGCUGGUACUGCGCACAGCCCUCAACCUCUUCUUCAAGCUCAAGAAUUUCAAGACUGCGGCAACCUUUGCACGGCGUUUGCUGGAGCUGGGGCCUAAGCCUGAGGUGGCUCAGCAGACCCGGAAGAUCCUGUCAGCAUGUGAGAAAAACCCCACGGAUGCCUGCCAGCUCAACUAUGACAUGCACAACCCCUUUGACAUUUGUGCUGCCUCUUACCGGCCCAUCUACCGAGGGAAGCCAGUGGAGAAGUGCCCGCUGAGCGGGGCCUGCUACUCCCCCGAGUUCAAGGGCCAAGUGUGCAGGGUCACCACGGUGACAGAGAUUGGCAGAGAUGUCAUCGGCCUGCGCAUCAGCCCACUGCAGUUUCGUUAAGCCCCAUGGCCCUGGAGACUUCCUUACUCACCAUUCCUCACUAACCUCCUGUUGUUCCUGAAGCUGUACCUGAGUCCCUGGGCAGCUCCAGAGCCUGUGCUGGCCCCCCACACCACACAUGUCCCCUGUCCUGACUUGUACCCUCUGCCUGUCCUGUCCCUCCUUCCUGUGUCUCCCACUAAAUAAAUUUUAGUUUCCAUGG